CAACGCUGGUUCUCGAUUGUUUGGUGACGAAGAUCCCUUUACUAUUGUAAAUUCAGAUGAGGAUGUUUCCAUCACUGCAGCCCUUGGGCAGAAGAAAAAGAAGAAGAGGAUCGUGAAGGCUGGUGACAAAGCGAAAUCCAAGAAUGCCAGAACGGAUGCGCCUUCGAAAGAAACUGCAACACCAGGCGAUGAGACAGUGCCCCCUGUUACUGAGACUAUUCAAAAUCCUCCUACGGAAACUGGGCCAAGUUUUGUUCCCCCUGGACCAGAGAAAGGCAAGGGCCUCCUCGAGGGAGAGGCGAUUAUCCUGCCCCCUCAACUGUUCGAGGGAGGUCCGUCCGUGGCCGUGCACACCUUCAGCAACCCAUCGUCUAUCGAGUGUCCUGUCCUCGAGGAAUUUGCUGCUUAGCUAAAUGAGGCCGAUAGUCUGAGACUGAUAAAUGCGGCCUCGAUGGCCUAUCUGGUGCGGCUAAGGAAACUGCGAGAAGACCUGGUCACAGCUCAAUCUAAGAGGGAUGAAGCUUUGUUCGAGGUGGUGACUCUCGAGGAAACGGCCCGCCAAGUCCAAGCUAAGGAGGCCGAGAUUGCCUUGGUACAAGCCAAGUAUGAUGAGCUGGAUGAGAAGAUGAAGUCAUUUGCUAGCUUGUACAUCUCGAAAGAGGAGUUGCACCAGUGGUGUGCUGCAUUCAUGUAUAAGAUGCUGUCCACAGGAGGGAUGGCCGAAGCACUUGAGGAGAUGAAUUUGGUUGCCACUAAAUGCAGGGCGCACCGGAUUGGCGUAGCAAGUUUGAAGAGGCUCGAUCAGGACAUGCCUAUCAAAGCCAAAUGGUUCAAGCAACUCCUGAUAAAGGACCCAAAGAAGACCAUGCACGAGGCAAUGGUGAAGGUCCUAACAAAGUUGAGCCUCGAACAACUGCCCCUAUGGGAAGCUCUGACCGGUGCUUUGGCAAAAAUGAGUUCUCCUGUAGACAUUUCAUCGUUUCCUGGUGACGUACCCGCCAUCCUUGCCAGGGGCCCAAGUGAAGAAGAUUCCAUACCCGAUGUACCAGAUGAGUACAUGGGUAUUGAGCUCGAGGAUGCUUACGAAGUCACCGAGGAGGAUGUUGCUGACACUGGCCACUCUGGAGUGCAGAGAAAUGCUGAGGACGCAUCUCAGAACCCUUUCAAGGACCACCCUCCUGGCAGUGAUGUUGUAUGAAUCCUGCCUCUUGUAAUAGCUGUUAGGCUUGUUGAAUUGCCG